AUGGAGCCUAAUAAUGAACCUAAUAUGAAGCCUAAUAACGAACCUGAUAUAGAGCCUGAUAACAAACCUGAUAUAAAGCCUGGUAAUGAACCUAAUAUAGAGCCUAAUAACAAAUCUAAUAUAGAGCCUAUGAAAUCUGAUAUAGAGCCUAUGGAAACUAACCUUGACUGUAAUGAUGAAAGUAGUGACGAAAGUAAUGGCUGGAGUUCAAAUGAAGAUAUUUCAUUAAUAAGUCCUUUGAAUUUACAUACUGGGAUGACAUUUUCUUCAUGGACUAUCGUUAACAAAUUAAUAAAAGCUUUUGCUUAUCAUAAUGGUUUUAGUGUUCAAAAGUAUCAUUCUGAAAAGUCGAAUAGAAAAUGUAUUAGAUGCAUAUAUUUGUGUCGACAUUCCUCUAUAUAUAAGCCUGUAAAAGAUAAAAGUUUAGAAAAACAAAGAAACAAAAGUUCUGCUCAGAUUGACUGUUCUUGGAAAAUUCAUAUUCGAUUUCAAAAAAAGAGUCAUAAUUUAAGAGUUUCCUCAUUUGUUGAUAAGCAUAAAAGCCAUCCUUUAACUCCAGGUCACUUAGGAGCAACUGACCAAUAUCGCUUAUUAAAGGCUUCAUAUCCCUAUCAUACUUUAUACAAGAAAGACAUCUAUAAUGCAAUACAACAAUUUCAUAAUGAGAAUGAUCCAAACCUUAAUGAUGCUGCACGAUUACUUGAAUAUCUAUUGGAUCAAAAGUAUAAUAAUAACAAUUU